AUGAAUACCCAUCAGAGUUCACCUCGAGAAGUGCUGGAGGAGCGAGCUCAGCACUUCUGUGCUCUGAGAGGCUUUUUCUGCAAUUUUUCCUGUAGGGCCUGUGCCAGCAGCGAGACAGAGAGCGAAGCUGGAGACAUCAUGGACCAGCAAUUUGAAGAGAUGAACAACAAACUCAACUCAGUCACUGACCCCACUGGCUUUCUGCGGAUGGUUCGCCGCAAUAACCUCUUUAACAGGAGCUGCCAGAGCAUGACAAGCCUGUGCAGUCAUGCUGUGUCGCCGACCCAGGAUGGGACCUCCUCUCUUCCCAGGAGGCAGAGCUCGUUCACUAAGCCCCCUCUCCAUGCCCUGUAUGACCUGCUCAUAGCGCCCAUGGAAGGGGGCCUGAUGCACGCCAGUGGCCCUGUCGGCCGGCACCGGCAACUGACCUUGGUCCUGGAGGGGGAGCUCUACCUCAUCCCCUUUGCCCUCCUGAAGGGAAGCUCCUCCAUCGAGUACCUCUAUGAGCGCUUCGGCCUUCUCGCUGUCUCCUCCAUCCGCUCCCUCAGUCCGCAGUCCAAGUCCCACCUGAGAAAGAACCCACCCACCUACUCCAGCUCCACGUCCAUGGCAGCUAUCAUUGGCAACCCCAAACUCCCAUCAGCAGUGAUGGACAGGUGGCUGUGGGUGCCAAUGCCAUCAGCUGAGGAGGAAGCCUACAUGGUGUCUGAGCUGCUGGGCUGACAGCCCCUGGUGGGCAGUGUGGCCACCAAGGAGAGGGUCAUGAGUGCCCUGAUCCAGGCGGAGUGCGUCCACUUCGCUACCCACAUCUCUUGGAAGCUAUCAUCCCUGGUCCUCACACCCAAUGUAGAUGGCAACCCUGCCAGCAGCAAAAGUUCAUUUGGCCACCCUUACACCAUCCCUGAGUCCCUGCGGGUGCAGGACAAUGCCAGCGACGGGGAAAGCACCUCGGACUGCCCACCCCUGCAGGAGCUGCUACUCACGGCUGCCGAUGUCUUAGACCUGCGGCUGCCCGUGAAGCUGGUGGUGCUUGGCUCCUCUCAGGAGUCCAACAGCAAAGUCACAGCUGACGGCGUUAUCGCGCUUACACGGGCCUUCCUAGCCGCUGGCGCACAGUGUGUCCUGGUGUCUCUGUGGCCUGUGCCGGUGGCUGCCUCCAAAAUGUUUAUCCAUGCCUUCUACUCAUCCCUGCUGAAUGGCCUGAAAACCAGUGCCGCCCUGGGGGAGGCCAUGAAGGUGGUGCAGAGCAGCAAAGCCUUCUCACACCCCUCCAACUGGGCAGGGUUCCUGCUCAUUGGGAAUGAUGUCAAGCUGAACAGUCCCUCGUCGCUCAUUGGCCAGGCCCUCACAGAGAUCUUGCAGCACCCAGAGCGCGCGCGUGAUGCCUUGCGAGUGCUACUGCACCUGGUGGAGAAGUCCUUGCAGCACAUCCAGAAUGGGCAACACAAUGCCAUGUACACAUCCCAGCAGAGCGUGGAGAACAAAGUGGGUGGCAUCCCUGGCUGGCAGGCUCUCCUCACUGCCGUGGGCUUCCGACUGGAUCCCCCGGCCAGCGGCCUGCCGGCGGCUGUCUUCUUCCCAACCUCUGACCCGGGUGACCGGCUGCAGCAGUGCAGCAGCACCAUCCAAUCCCUGCUGGGUCUACCCAAUCCUGCCCUUCCAGCCCUCUGCAAACUCAUCACUGCCUCGGAGACGGGCGAGCAGCUCAUUAGCCGGCUCCACCAGGUGCUGGUUCAGCUCCAGGCCGGCGAGAAGGAGCAGGACUCUGCCUCAGCCCCCAUUCAGGUCUCCAUCAGCGUCCAGCUAUGGCGGCUACCGGGAUGUCACGAAUUCUUAGCAGCUCUAGGUUUUGAUCUCUGUGAAGUUGGUCAGGAGGAAGUAAUCCUAAAAACCGGGAAGCAAGCCAACUGCUGGACCGUGCACUUCGCUCUGCAGGCCUUGCUGUCUCUCUUCGAUUCUACGGAGCUACCCAAGCGCCUCAGCCUCGACAGCUCCUCCUCCCUGGAGUCUCUGGCUUCAGCUCAGUCUGUUUCCAACGCCCUGCCCUUGGGCUACCAGCACCCUCCCUUCUCUCCCACCGGUGCGGACAGCAUCGCCUCAGAUGCCAUUUCUGUAUACAGUCUGAGCUCUAUCACCUCCUCCAUGAGCUUUGUCUCCAAACCUGAGGUGGGGUCAGAGGGCGGAGGCCCCAGAGGAUGGCAGGACCAUGACCGGUCCAAGGGUGCUUACCCACAGCGAUCCACCCUGCCUCGGAGCCAGAUGUCUCCCCAGACCCGCCCUGCAGGCAACAAAGAGGAAGAAGAAUACGAAGGGUUUUCCAUCCUCAGUACUGAGCCUUUGGCAGCCUACCAAGAAAACAGGACAACUCGCUUCUCAUCAGAUCACAAGCAAUCUAGAGUCGGGACAGCUGGAGCUGUGAAAGUUUCGGUAAGCUCCAAAGGGAGCAUAAGCACUCCAAAUUCUCCAGUUAAAAUGACUCUGAUUCCCAGCCCAAACUCACCCUUCCAAAAGGUUGGAAAACUAGCAAGUUCAGAUACAGGAGAAUCGGACCAGUCUAGCACAGAAACAGAUAGUACCGUGAAAUCUCAAGAAGAAAGCAACCCAAAGCUGGAUCCACAAGAGUUGGCCCAGAAGAUUCUAGAGGAGACGCAGAGUCAUCUCAUUGCAGUGGAACGUCUUCAGAGGAGUGGCAGUCAGGUGAACAAGAGUAACAAUCCAGAAGACGGCAUCUCGGUGCCAAAUAGUGCUGCCGUCUUCAGAGCAUCAGAGACAAGUGCGUUCAGUAAGCCUAUCCUCUCCCAUCAGAAGAGUCAGCUGUCACCAGUCAGUGUUAAACCAAAGCCCCCAGCCAGGAGCUCAUCCCUGCCCAAGGUGAGCUCCGGAUACAGCAGCCCCACCACCUCCGAGACGUCUAUCAGAGACAGCCUGAGCCAGCUCAGUGGCGGGCCAUCACCUGGCUCUGACUCCCAGACUUCACUGAUGGACCAGCCCCUCUUCAAACUGAAGUAUCCCAGCUCUCCUUACAGCGCUCACAUUUCCAAAUCACCAAGGAAUAUGUCCCCAAGCUCAGGCCAUCAGUCUCCUGCCGGCAGUGCUCCGUCCCCAGCUCUCUCCUACUCCUCAGCUGGUUCUGCUCGUUCGAGUCCAGCUGAUGCUCCUGACAUAGACAAACUGAAAAUGGCAGCCAUUGAUGAAAAGGUGCAGGCUGUCCAUAACCUGAAGAUGUUUUGGCAAAACACACCCCAACAUUCUCCGGGACCAGUGAAAAUCUUCCGUGGGACCCCUGGAACGAUGACUUCCAAAAGAGAUGUCCUCAGUCUGUUAAAUUUGUCACCAAGGCACGCCAAGAAGGAGGAAGGAGUUGAUAAGCUUGAACUGAAGGAGUUGUCUCUGCAGCAACCCGAGGAAGCACCACAAAAAGCCCGUCCCAAUGGACACUGGCACACUGAGACCACCACACUGAGCACGCUGCCGCUGCCCACCGGCCCUCCUGCCGGGGCCCCUGCACGUCCUUUGAGACUUCCCUCUGGAAACGGCUACAAGUUCCUGUCCCCAGGAAGAUUUUUCCCUUCUUCCAAAUGCUAAAGCAUCUUUUAUACCAACUGAGUCAGAGUGGAAAAGCCCAUAGAAAAGGGCUUGGUAUUCCCUUCAGCCUGUUCCCUUAUCUGGGUACAGUCACCCCACAAGGCCACCAGCGCCACCUCACCAUGGUGUGCUCCCUGGGUGAGGAGCAGCCCUACCGUGCCCAAAGGCCAACACACGCACAGACACACACAGACACACACGUGUGCACACACAGACACAAAGACACACAUAGGCACACACACACUGGUGACUUCUCUGGACAUCUGGGCCAGAGUCACCAAAAGCCAGGACUUCCGUAGGGUCAGUACAGGAGGCUCAUGGAAUUUUCUACACACACUUCACCAAAUGUUUACCUUUGAACUCACUGUUUCUCAUCUUUGAUAUAAUUCUUCAACAGGAUUUUGUACAAAAAUGGUCAUAGUUCUGGGGUGGGGAGAGGAAAGGGAGCACAUAUUUUGCUAAGAGGUGUAUAUUCUGUACCUUUUAUACACAGAAAUACAAAUAGAGCUUUUUUUUUUAAGGCUUUCAGGUGCUGGUUGGGGGCGGGAUAUAUAAAAUCCCCCUAAGUUGAAUUCUACACAAAAGCGUUAUAUUAGCCUGAACCAGAAUAAUGGUUUAAAAAAUGCCAAUGAUUUGUAAUUAAAUUGAAGCAAUGUCAUUUCGUGACAGUGUGACAUCACAGCAGUGAUGCAAUAACUAACAGUGAAACCGAGCUUCCAUCCUCAGCUGCUCUGCUCCACUGAGCUCUGCAAACGCCCUCCGGGCCCCACUACCAACCAAACUUGAAUUUUCUUAAAAAAUGUAUGUAACUCGUAUCCAGGCAUUUUAGAACUAUGGAAUUGUGAUUUAAAAUGCAACUUUGUGCUUUUAAAACAUUACUGACCUUUUUUGUACGUGGAUAAACAACUUGGUUUUAUUAUCAACAGUGCUUGGCAUUUAUAGAUAUUAUUUUUAAAAGCUCAAAAAGUUUUUUAAAACAUCAAAUUUUGAAUAAUCAUCAAUAAGUAAUUAUCAAGUUUGGAGGGAAAGGUUGAAAUUACUAUUUCCUUAUAAGCAAAAAGAAAAAAAAAAAAAAGUCCCAUGGCUAACUAGAUUUAACCAGAAUCUAGCUUUUUAGGUCCUAUGCCCUUUCAUUAGCUCUUAAUUUUAUGCUCUUUCCCCAGCUCCAGGCCCCUACGCCCUCUUCUGUCUAAACCCACUGCCAGUUUCCCACAGUCCCAGCACCCACCUCCGUGAGCUACACCCUCCUCUUCCUCAUGGCUGUCAUGCUCCUGCUGUCUGAAGGACAAGUCCCCUCCUCCGCCAUGGAAGACUAAUGUCAGUAUUCUGACAAGUGAGGGGUCUUUUGCUGGGAUAUACAUCUGAAUUAUUAUAAACAAGGAAAGAUAUUUAUCACAGGAAAUGAAGCUGGACUUUCCCUACAGCUAUGACAAUAUACUUAAAUUGUUGCCAGCUUGGGGCAAGGCAAGCAAAUAGUCUAAUUAGAGGUAACCAUUAAUUUAUUUUAAUAAAAAAGUGAAAUGCUAAAAAUCAUAUUAGUACUAAGUUUAGUUGGAGAAUUUAAAUAAGUGGGGGUUUUUUUGUUGUUGUUUUGUGUUUUUAGAGACAGGGUCUCACUCAGUCACCCAGGAUAGAGUGCAGCUGUGUCAUCAUAGCUCACUGCAGUCUCAAAACUCCUGGGCUCAAGUGAUCCUCCUGCCUCAGAUUUCUGAGUAGUUGGGACUAUAGGCAUAUGCCACCAUGCCUGGCUAAUUUUCAAA